AUGCUCCAGCCUGCCCUUCACAGGCGGCCCACCCCCAGCCCUAUGGACGAGCUCAUCAGUCCCAGCAACACGUCCGCUGCCCCCCAGCAGCAGGCCGGCUACGAUUACACUGUGGGGCCACAGCCCGCGCUGCCCAACGCGACGAAGCCUCCGCACUCGAAGCUGUACGCAGAGUCGCUCGCGCCCAAGCACAAGCAGGUGUCGCUGUCCGCGUUCACGUUCCUGUUCCAGGAGAUGGUGGUGCAGCAGCGGGACUCCUCCAAGACUGUGGCCGAGAUCGAAGCCAAGCUCAAUGCGCUGGGCUACGCGAUCGGCAUGCGUCUGGUCGAACUGCUGCCCUUCCGCGACUCGGUGCCGACGAAGGCUUCCGCUACCGACGGCGCAGAGGCCCUUGCGCCGGCCAUCCCGAUGAUGAAGAAGCGCCCACUCAAGAUCCUGGACAUUCUGCAGUACGUGCACGGCCCACUGUGGCGCUACCUUUUCGGCGCGGCCAGCGACGACCUGGUCAAGAGCUCCGAGCGCGAGAACGAGUACAUGAUUGUGGACAACGAGCCGCAGUGGACGCAGUUCAUCCACGGCACCUCGAUCCAGUGCGAGUCCUUCACUGGGGGCAUCAUUGAAGGCGUGCUGGACCACGCGGGAUUCCCAUGUCACGUGACGGUCCAUACCGAUCCAGAGGGCACAUAUGAUCAACGCACUGUGUACCUGAUCCAGUUCAAGAAACAGGUGGUGGAGAGGGAGUAUCUAAGGUUCUAG